AUGCCUUUCACGAGUGAUCAGAGCGGUCCGAGUCCAAUGGAGAUUGAUAGACUUCAUGCUGAGUCUGGUGGUAAGCCCAAAGGCAAGGGAGCGUUUGGUGGUGGAAAGUACGGCAAAGGCAAGCCCUACCAGAAGGGUUUGAAGGGGAAACCAUUUGGGCUUCAAGGAGUCCCUGGAGGUUUUCAUCAGAAAGGCUUCAAAGGCAAGGGCAAGUUCGGUGGCAAGAAAGGAAAGCUCAUGAUGUCGCCCUUCUACGGUAGUGGAAAAGGAAAGUCACAGCAGAAAGGCAAGCAGAACAAAGGUCCCAAAGGUAAAGGUUCGAAAGGUGUUGGUCCUUGCUACGCGUGUGGUCGCAUGGGACAUGUGGCUGCAGACUGUUGGGGCACUGUUCGUCAAGUGGAGAGCGGCGCUGGCACGUACGCUCCAAGUGUGGCUCCGAGUGACUCUGCAUCCCAGGUAAAACCUGGGUCUACAGCGGCUACAGCAAGUACGACGGCUUCAACUGCUACUGGUGGUGUGGCGACUUCGAUGGCGAGGCCUGCUCAGAGCGCGGGGUUUGUUCGGAGGUUGCAAGCUGCUGGACUUGGAGAUCUAGGAGAGUGCACUGAGAGUGAGCAUGGCGAUGAUCAGCAGUGGAGUGAUGCUUUGUAUGACGCUGAGUGGCAGAUGCAGUUCGAAGCUGACGGUGAGCAGUAUCUAGAUGAAGCAUCCUGGGAAGCCUACGUAGCUGAAGCCGAGUGGGAUCCUUAUGAUCAAGCCUCUUGGGAAGCUUAUGCGGAAGCUGAGUGGGCAUCUUGGCCUACGGAGCCUGAGUACGGAGAUUGGGUGCGACGCCUUGGGGUGUCAGACGAAGAGUCCGAGCUAGUGAGUACGAGUUGUUUGGUUUAUGAUCUCACGGUGCAAGAUGAGCUCUCUGACGAUCCGGAUUGUGAAGCUGAAGAACCAUUUCAUGAAGAUGAGCUUUGUGAUUGUGAGGGAAGCUUCAUAGACAAUAUCGCUGUAGGGGAAGCCAACAUCACUGCCGAUCAACUCCAUCAUCAUGUGCGUGCUGUCGGGACUGUGGAGCUUGAGAGCGUGAUUUUCGAUAGCGGUGCGGAUGUCACAGUCCUUCCAAUUGAUCGCUUUGCGGAGGUAGGUGUGAGAACUUCCGACAACAGAAAGCCCUACAAGCUUCGAGAUGCGCAGGGCAACUCCAUUCCAGGAGGUAGCCUGAGAGCUCGAGUCCAAUUCGAGGUUGAAACGAUGGAAGGCGACACGGUCGUCUUUGAAGAUGAUGCUGUGCUGGCGCAGGUCGCAGCACCGCUGCUCUGUUCAGCACGGUUGUUUCGAGAUGGCUGGAGUUUGGUUCAGGGUGAAGAGUCUAUGCUGUUGUCCAAGGGUGAGAGACAUGUGCCUGUGCAUUUCCAGAAGAACUCGUUGGCCAUGAACAUGUACAUCAGACAGAUCUGUGAUCAAGAUGAGCUUGACGUUCGUGCAGUUCUUCAUGUCGGUGAUGAACUUGUGCAGACAGUUGUGAGGGGCACGGACGGUUGGCAGCUAACGAGUGAUGAAACUCCUGUAUUCGUGAGCAAGCACUCGUCGGUCACAGAAGAUCCCAGUCUUUCGUUUCCGUGUGAUCAUUGGCCCUAUAGAACUACGCUUCUUCACAUCCCAGGUCGUCCGAAACCAGACCAUUUCGAAGUCUUUGAGUUGGGAGCGUAUUGGGAAGGCAAUGAACGGAACCAGAUUUCACCUGAUGGGGCGAACUACACCAUUCUCACUUUGCUGUCUACACGUCCUGUUGAAAUCCAGCGCUUCGGGAAGCUUGUACGUGAUUCGGUACCGGCAGCUGGCGUCGGAGAAGAGUUGGAGAGAGAAAAGAGGGAGAGUGAACGCGCGGAAGCUCAAGAGGCUUUGGCGGCGCGCGAUGCGGAACAGGCUCCUAUGGUGCCUCCUCCAGAAGUUCAGGUAGAUGAUGGAAGAGAGAGAGUUUCACUUGCUGGCAUAGAUGUUGAUGAAGCUUCGUCAUUGGGAACACUUCGUGCCGCAUGCAAGUUCUUGGACAUCUCCCAUCAUGGUACAAAGGCUGUACUAUGGAAUCGCAUCAAACAAUCGGUCACAAAGUCUAGGCUAGAUGCAGUCACGCAGAUUGCCGACGCAGUGUUGAAAGAGUAUGAGAGACCUGCUGAAGGAGAACCGCUAGCAAAGUUGCCAUCGGUUGCUGAACAAGAAUUACAUGCUCUGACACAUUUACCGCGACAACCAUGGUGCCAAGCAUGCCUAGCUGCGCGCUCGAGAGAGGAUAAUCAUACCGCAACUUCGCCCGAAGAACGUGCAAUACCAGUCGUGUCAUUGGACUACAUGUACACGGGGACCGAGGGCACAGCAGAUGAGAGAGAUCCGUUGUGUGAGCACUUGUUGGUCGUCGACAUGAAGACAAAGUAUGUCCUGGUCUUGCCCAUUGACGUCAAAGGUGGAGCUUCAGUUCGCGGUUGCACUGAGGAGAUUGUGAGAAUGAUGUCGUCCUUAGGGUAUCGCGAAGUACACAUCCGCGCUGAUACCGAACCAGCGAUGAACCAGCUUGUAGACCACAUCACUCAAGUUCGCACGAAGCUUGGAUUCAAGACAGAACGCGAGCCUGUGCCCCCAGAUGCGUCAACACAUCAAGGAUUGCCUGCAGAGCGCUAUGUGCAAACAAUACGUCAGCUUGGAAAUUGCCUCCUUAGAGCGAUUGAGUUGAAGUGUGGCUACCAGGUCAAGUCGUUUCACCCGGUGUUCACAUGGGCAUUCCGACAUGCAGGGUGGCUUCAUUCUCGUUAUCAUGUUCUAUCGUCUGGUCAAACUCCUUACGAAUUGAUCCAUGGCCACUCGUUUGCCGCGAAAAUUGCUCCUUUCGGAUGCUCAGUGUUUGCUCAGUGCCUGCCCAAAGUCAAGGCCAAGGGUGCAACGUGGAUCAAGGGUGUGUACCUAGGCAGAUCCCAUAGUGGCGCGCUCAAUGUGAUCGGCACCUCUGAAGGUAUACAAUUUGCUCGUACUAUCAGGAGGUCCCCUACCGAGUUUGAACCGAUGCUCUUGGAUGCAGUGAAAGGCGUAUCGUGGAAUUUGACUCUUGGUGUAGUUGGUGUUCGAGUCCCUCGUGGUGGUCGUCGUAUUCGUCUCCCAGCAGUUGUUGAACAAGCAGAACAAGCACCUCCAGAAGAAGAACGAGAUCAGAGAGAGCAAAGUGGACCGGGAGAUGAAGCAGGUUCAGACCCAACAACUUCCUCAUCCUCCUCUACCUCUAAGAAAGACGUGUCGCUCGACUCCAUGUCACUACCAGGUGAGAGCGGCAGUGGGAGCAGUGGCACUGGAUCUGCAUCUGGUGGAUCACGAGACAUCUUGGCAGAGAAUGUUGGAGUAGAGGAGGAAGGUAGUGCAGCUUUGGAGAGCAGUCCGAAGUUCAGAAAGCUUGGUGAGGGCCGUGUUGCACAUGUUUCAUUUAUGGUGCGCAGACUUAGAGAUGACUUGUAUGACCCGUCAGAGCCGAUUGAAGUCCCGGAAGUGUCUGAAGAGCAUGAUCAAGUAGUGGAUCCUCAAGACGAUGGUGAGUUCAAUCAGGUAAUUGAUGAGAUGGACACGAUUAUGCUGAACAACUACGAAGCGGGUCCACCAGAGCUGAGCGAUGAGGCCUUGGCACAACUCGAUGCCGAGCGUGAUCAGUUCGAACUCGAUAGGCUUGUUGGCAUGGGUGUAUUAGUGAAUGCAGAUGAAGAACAGUUGGAUGAUGACACAACCGAGUUGAGCUCAAAGUUCGUCCGCGAUUGGAGGUGGAGAGAUGAUAAGUGGACAAGAAGAAGCCGCCUGGUGGGUCGAGAGUUUCGUUCUCUAUCCCCAGAGCUUGAUGACUUGUAUAGUCCAGCUUCUAUCUCUAGUACCACAAAACUCCUUGCGGCAAUGGCUGCUACAUCAGUUGAGCUAGAGCUGUAUUCGCUAGACAUUUCAGACGCUUAUCUCAUGGUCCCACAGCGCACACCCAAAUACGUCAGGGCCAACGGCCGGGUCUACAGAAUCCUGUACAAUCUACCAGGUCAACGGGAUGGUGCUCAGGGAUGGUAUGAGUUCUUCAGUGCAGUGCUUCAGAAGCAUGACAUGAAAGUUUGUGAAGUUGCUCCAGCGAUCUUUGCUAUCCCGGGGAGACUGGUCAUCAACACUCAUGUGGAUGACGGCAAGGUUCUUGCUGCACCGGGCGAGAUGGAGAAGCUUCGAGAGCACGUCGAAUUAAACAAGUUGAAGGUGAAGGUUGAAGGACCGUGUAGGUUGGAUUCCGGUAGCUGUCGCUUCUUGAAGAGGGCGUAUGAAGGGCAUGGUGACUACAUCAGCGUGAAGCAGGAGCCAAAGUAUGUUCUGAAGAUUCUUGAAGUUUUAGGGUACCUCAAAGGCACUAUGGAUCAUGAGACUCGAUUCCCAGCUACAUGUCCAGGUCGUUCGUUCUUGAAUGAGCAGAGUGGCAUCGGUGACCACUCAUCGUUUGAGGUUGAGAACUUGCUUGAAACGGUGUCGGAUGCAGACUUUGCUUCGGGUGAUGAUCGGAAGUCUACCACGGGCUUUUGCAUUUUCUUGAACGGCAUCCCAGUGUACUCGACAUCUCGUAGGCAGCAUGUGAUUGCUCUGAGUUCUAUGGAAAGUGAGCUGUAUGCCUGUUUAGCAGCCGUAGCUGAAGGAUUGUUCCUGAAAGAAGUGGUGAGUUUCAUCACUGGCAAGAAGGUUGAAUUGGUGCAUCGGACGGAUGCGAGCGCUACUAUUGGUUUCUGCAAGAAGGCUGGUUGUGGUCGGACGCGUCACUUGGCAACCAGUGCAUUGUGGAUUAAGUCAAAGCUUAAGGACGGUAGCUUCAGCAUUCGCAAGAUCAGUGGGAGAGUGAACCCUGCAGACCUUUUGACAAAGACUUUCAGUGCAUCAAAGAUGAAUCAGCUGCUUUACCAUUUCCAUGUCUUUGAUAGUGAGACUCGCUUGGGUGAUGAAGAACACGCGCAAGAGAUCAUCAGAAGGACCAUUUUUGGGUCCACAGGCUUGAAAGCAUUCCGACUCAUGUUAGCCUCUAUGUUGAUCGAUCGAGCGGAAGGCGUGACAGUUUCAGCAGUUGAGUCCCACGGGACAUGGAUGAAAGUAGCGAUGGCCUCAAUGCUGAUGCUCAUGGUUCUUCUUCCAAUGCUCCUCAUCCUGGCAAAGAACCCAAAGCUUCAGGACAAGGACAAGGAACAGCAGCGCCAGGAACACCGUGACGGUUGCCGACUAUCGUUAUCAACAUCGACUUGUGGCCUCAACGAGCUCAAAGUCCAGUGGCAAAUCCUCUUCUACCGGGAGAUCAAAGAGAACCUGAACAUCUACGUGAAGUACAAGAUCAGCGACUUCCUCAUCGAGACGCCGGCGCACAACGUGAAGUACCAGAUCAACGACUUCCUCAUCGAGACGCCGGCGCACAACGUGGAGUACAAGAUCAACGACUUCUUCGUGGACAAGAUCCUCAUGCACAUUAUGAAACUGACAGCUGCCCCUUCGGGCCGGCCGCCGCCGUGGGCUCUUUGGGCGGACGUGCCCCGUGAUCCAGACACUGUUCGCGAGCUUGGUCCAUGGUGUCUGGAGAUCUUUGCUGGGUCUGCUGGUCUCACUGUCUGCUGGAGACGUCAAGGUCUUAAGACCUUGCCGCCGAUCGACACGUGCAUCUCAGAGAACGUUCUGGAGUCGAUCGACUUGCUGGACGCACAGGUCUUCGACUGGCUCCUCUUGCUCUGCCGCAUGGGGGCGAUCGCUUUUCUGCACUUGGGCGUCCCCUGCUCCACCUUUAGUGUGGCCAGGGAUCGACCAAGAGGGCCCCCUCCCCUGCGUUCGCAGGCGCUGCCGCUCGGUCUUCAUGUUCUCAAGAGGAGCCACCAGGCCCAGCUCUUUGAGGCCAACGAGCUCUUGUUUCGUUCUCUUCUCCCCUUCGAGGCUGUGGUUCAAGCUGGUGGGGAUGCCUCGAUCGAAAACCCGAGGGACAGUCUGAUCUGGCAAGUUCCCCAGGUUCAACAACUUAAAGUUCGUCUUCACCUCUACAACGUCGACUUUGAUCAGUGCGAGUAUGGUUCCCCUCACCGGAAGCCUACGCGGCUUCUGGCGAGCCAUGCGGCUCUCUUGGUUCUUGCGCGAACUUGUUCAGGCGGGCAUGUUCAUGAACCUCUUCGCGGAGUGCUUCGUUCGGUGACUGGGAAGAAGGUCUUCAAGACCAAGGCGGCUCAGGUCUAUCCCCCUGCGCUUUGCAGCGCAUGGGCGAUCGCUGUGGCCACGAUCGUGCAGCAUUCGGCCCAGCAGUUCGCUGCGUCCUUUGCUCUCACUGCUCCGACAGAAGAUCGCAAACGAACCUUGGGAUUCCAGAUUUCUUGGAAGGGCCAUCGCCAAUCCGCUGCCGUUCGGCUAGCGGCGGCUAGCGGCGGCUAG